UUAAUCACUUCUGGUGAUAAUAGUUAAUCAACUGAUGACAAUAAAGAGUCUUAAUCAACAAUAAUCAAGGAGCAACAUGUCAGUCAAUUACUCAGCUGGUUUGUCUCAUUAUGAGGAGAAAGGAGUUUGUGGAUUGCCUGAGAUUGUGGAAGAUUCUGAGAAGAUAGAAGAGAAAAUCAAAGUUGUUUGUGAAUGGAUUAAAUCAUCUAAAUGUGUCGUUAUUCAUUGUGGAGCUGGAAUAUCAACAUCAUGUGGAAUUCCCGAUUUCCGUGGACCCAAAGGAGUUUGGACUCUGGAGAAAGCAAAGGAAGAUGAGGAGAGAAGGAAAAAUAAACAAAAUUCAAUAAGAAGAUCAAAAGAUUGCAAAGCCUUUGCUCUCAAAAAGGAAACUGGUGAUGAUAAAGAACCAGAAAAUCAAUCAUCCGAUCUUCUAUUGGAAUCAACAUCAAUCGGACAAAGUAUCUCAUUCGAAGCGUCAAAACCAAGUUACACUCACAGAGCAUUAAAUCAAUUGGCCUCAUCGGGUCUUAUUCACUUUAUAAUUAGUCAAAAUGUUGAUGGAUUAUUUCUGAAAACUGGAAUUAAUCGUAGAUUCAUUUGUGAACUUCAUGGUAACUUUUUCCUCGAUGAAUGUGAUACAUGCGAAUCACGUUUCAUCCGGUCAACAUCAAGUCCAACCAUGGGUUUAAAGGUCUCUACCCGAUCAUGCCCUCGACCUGGGAGACCAUGUAGAGGACAUUUACGUGAUACAAUUCUUGACUGGGAAGAUGAUUUACCUGUCGGUGAAUUGGAAAUGGCCCAACAAUUUGCCGCUAAAGCGGAUCUUUGUAUUUGCCUUGGAACUAGUUUACAGAUCGUUCCAGCCGCUAAUCUGCCCUUUGUUUGUAAGAAAAGGAAAUCAGACCAAGGGAAAGUUAUCAUAAUUAACUUACAACCGACUAAAUUUGAUCAUAAAGCUGAUUUGGUUCUACAUGAUUACGUUGAUUCUGUUUUGGAGCGAAUCUGUAAACAAUUAAACAUCUCUGUACCUGAUUAUGAUCCAGCUCAUGAUUUAACCAAAUUAGUCGAGACCAACAAUCAGCUCAACCUGUGGAAAUGAUUAUUCAAUCAUCUCAAUAUUAAUUAUCUUCAUUAUUGCCAUUAAUCAAAUCAAUUUACUCGUCACUUCAAAUGGACAAUAAAAAAAACCCAAAACAAUUGGAUGGACAAUUAAACCUCAAAAACCACGAUAAUGACGCACAUAGAACACAAUUUAAACCAACAAUCAACUUUAUUAAUAGAAAUAUGACCUUAAAUUAAUUAUAUCGCCAUCAAUUGAUCGUAAUUGUAAACAAUUAUCUCAUCAAAAUUAUAUGUAUCAUAUGAAACACCAGGAAAUCAAGUUUAAGUUCAUCCGAUCACAAUUUGAUCUGUUAACUAUCUCACAAUAUAAACAAUUAAUUAAAGAGACUCACCUUGA